AUGCAUCAAAACCUCAAUUCAGAUUCAUAUGAGAGUAGAGUUCAUCUCGAUGAAGAACAAAUCUCAGCUGAUGAAGUGCAAAUCUCGGCGGAUGAAGAGCAAAUCUUAGCAGAUGAAGAUUCAACUUCUAAAGUACAAGUAAAGUUGAAAUUGCAUACUUGGUUCAUCUCGAUGAAGAACAAAUGUCAGCUGAUGAAGUGCAAAUCUCGGCGGAUGAAGAGCAAAUCUCAGCAGAUGAAUUCAACUUCUAAAGUCAUUGAAACCAAUAUUGAUGUUGGGAGAACACUAUUAGGCAUCAGAACAAAAACCUUUGAAGAAAUGCAUGAGAUUUACAAAAAACAUGCAUCAAUUGUAGGAUUUUCAGUAAGGAAACAUACAGGUAGGACUAGGGAUAAAACUGAAAAAGUUAUUGUGGAGAAAUACUAUGUUUGUUCUGCACAAGGUGGUGAUGCACAAGCAGUCUCUGAAAUAAUGUACCAGGAACUUGCUAAUGAUCCUGAAUUUUUCUUUAGAUUUAGAUUGAAUAAAAGAAGGACAAAUAGAUACAAUUUGAUAUGUGCUCAUAUUGUUGGAAUUAAUAACCAUUGGAAAAAUUGCAUGUUUGGGUGUGCUUUUAUUGGAGAUGAGAAAAUUAAAUCAUUUGUAUGGCUUCCUGAGACAUUCAAAAAGUCAAUGGGAGGGAAAUGCCCAUUCUCAAUCUUCACAGACCAAGAUCAAGCAAUGUGCUCUGCAAUACAGAAGGUCAUUUUAGAGGUCACGCAUAGAUUAUGUAUAUGGCAUUUGGAACAAAAUGCUAUUACAAGAUUUGGAUCAUUGAAACGAGACAAGGAUUUUAAGAGAACAUUCUCCUACUGUUUGAAACGAUGUGUAACUGAAGUUGAGUUUGAAACUGUAUGGAACUCAAUGAUUGAGAAGUAUAAUUUACAAGAAGAUAGUUGGUUCCAAAGAAUUUAUGAUCUAAAAGAAAAGUGGUGUCCAGCUCUAAGCAAAGACUUCUUCUCAGCUGAUUUCGAAGAAGAAUUUGGGUAUUCCAUUGCAACUACCACAAAAUUGCUUUGGCAAAAUGGUAGUACCUUGUUCUAUUUAGUGGCAAUUAAAAGUGAACCUUGGUCGCAACAAAAAGUCACUUUUGAAUUUGACAGCAACCAAGUUAAAUGCACUUGCAAGAAUUUUGAAGCUUCUGGAUGGUUAUGUUACCACUGCAUCAGAAUAUUACACUUACAUUCAGUGAUGAGAAUACCAAAUCAGUAUAUAAAGAAGAGAUGGACAAAGUUUGCAAAAUCAUCAAUUUGGGAAAGACGUGACAAUGAAGAACCUGAACAACAUUAA